UGUUAAUUUCCACUGAGAAACUUGUUUACUGCAUGUUCACAACUGAGUUGCCGUUCAGUAUAUUACAGCGAUAUGCUGAUACUGUGGUAUUUUAUCAUGUGAAACAGGUCUUGAUGUUUGUGCUGCAAUAACAUCAGUUUUUCGUUAGGACGGGGCUAUGGAAGAACGUCCUUGUUCGAAGCUCCAUCUGUGUCGACCUGGCAAUAGCAUUUUAGUGUUCAUUCCAAGACACCCUGUUUAAAGUUGGGGGAUGGCAGUGAAUGUGUACUCCACAUCUGUAACCAUCGAGAACCUGAGCCGACAUGAUAUGCUGGCAUGGGUCAACGACUCCCUUCAGCUCAGUUACACCAAGAUAGAACAGCUCUGUUCAGGUGCAGCAUACUGCCAGUUCAUGGACAUGCUUUUUCCUGGCUGUGUGCUCCUGAAGAAGGUCAAAUUCCAAGCCAAACUGGAACAUGAAUACAUCCAUAACUUCAAAGUACUACAGGCAGCCUUCAAGAGAAUGAACGUUGACAAAAUAAUCCCAGUAGAAAAGCUAGUGAAAGGAAAGUUCCAGGAUAACUUUGAAUUCGUGCAGUGGUUUAAGAAGUUCUUCGACGCCAAUUAUGACGGGAAAGAAUACGACCCCCUGCUGGCUCGGCAGGGGCAGGAUGUGGCUCCGCCCCCCAAUCCAGGUGACUACAUUUCCCACAAACCCAAGAAACCUUGUGGAGCUCAAGUGCCACAGAGGACAUCCCCAACCGUGCCCAAAAACAUGCCCACCCCACGCAACACUGCCCCAGCCAUGAGGAAGAACCCCCCCAUCGCACGGAAUGGGGGUAGCGACGCAGAGAUCUUGGAACUCAAUCAACAGUUAAUGGAGUUGAAGCUGACUGUGGAUGGGCUGGAGAAAGAAAGGGACUUCUACUUCAGCAAGCUACGAGACAUAGAGCUCAUCUGUCAAGAGCAUGAAAACGAGAACAACCCCAUCAUCAGCAAGAUCAUUGACAUUCUCUAUGCUACAGAGGAUGGGUUUGCACCACCGGAAGACGAGGACAUCGAAGAACAGCAACAUUUGGACCCAGAUGAAUACUGAAAAUCCACUCCUGACUUCUCCACCAGACCCUUACCACUCAUGCCCAUCCACCGCUGCUUCUCUCCUGUCAUUCUUUGAAUUUCUCUGUUGUCUAGUCCUUUGCACGUACCUUUCUCCUGCCUCCAGACUUUCUCUGUCCCUAUCUUUGUGUACUCCUUAUUAACCUUCUAGGUUGAAUGGCUGUUCACGUGCCAUCUACACAAAUUAGCGGCAGUAACAAAUUGACACAUUUCACCAUGGUGUAGUCAAAGACAUAUGGGUGAAGGAAA